GAAAGUCGACCUUGAGAGCCAGAUCUGAGAAACGUUGAUCUAGAGUGAAUCUUCAGAUCUUAGCCAGGUGGCGCAAGACAUUUAAGUGUUAUAAGUGAGGGUGAAAAGGGAAGUACAGACGUUAAACACAGCUCAAAAUACAGGAAGAAAACUUAUACAAUGGCUGCAUAUGGAAUAACAAAAGUAUUCUACAUUCCAGUUGGGUUUUGGCUCAUUUUAGUUGUUGAAUGCUUCAGUGGAGAGUCAAACAAUACAAUAACUGUUCAGACUGGAGGAUCUGUCACCAUCCCAUGUCAUUAUGACAAGAAAUACACACAGCAGAAUAAAUACUGGUACUCAGAAAUUGAUAAAUCUAGCAUGUACACAAACACAACAGAGCAGAAUCUGUCAGUAAUUGAUCAUCCUGAUCAGAGUCUCUUUACUGUGACUAUGAGAAACUUGCAGAGCAAACACAGUGGAGAUUAUUAUUGUACUGUGGAGACUGGAGAACAACCACCGACAAUUAUCACAUAUGAGCCUCAUCUCAAGAUUCAAUCUGUUCCUGAUGUGUCUGUGGUGAGCAGCAGUGUAUCUGGACAUGAAGGUGGUGAUAUCAGUGUUCAGUGUCUCUACAGUUCUCUAUUCAACAAAAAACUCAAACAGUGGUGCAGAUAUAAAGAUAAGAGCUGUUACACAGUGGGGAGGAAUGACACAUCCCAGAAUCCAUCAGUCCAGAUCAGUGAUGAUGGGAGAAGAUCCUUCACUGUGCUGAUGACUGGACUGAGACUGACUGAUUCUGGCUGGUACUGCUGCUCUAUAGGAGAUCUGCAGGUUCCUGUUCAACUCACGGUCACUAAACCCAAAAGAGCACCUACAACUAUUCCAGCAGCUACACCAUCUGACUUUGAGAAAGACAUGCACACAACGCAGUCAUCAGCCAACACCAAUACUAUAACUAUAACUACCGAAUCAAGACCUGAGACACACAUAGAGGAAACCCAUCCAUCUCUAAUAACAGCCUCAGAGACUGUUAAUAGUGAAAUACAAAGCACGGAUGAGCAAAACAAGCCGUUUGUGAUUCUGGCUGUGUGUCUUCUAGUGAUGCUUGUGCUGUUACUGACUGUUGCUCUUGUUGCCAUAGUAACUUGGAGACUGAGAAAGAAGCAGAAGGGGGGUAAAAUUAGAGAAGAACAUCUUAACAGCACCAGAAAUGCAAUGUCCUCUGAAAACCAAAUGACAUCCAACAGUCUAGCAGUGGAUGAGCUUUCAGUGAUUUACAGUUCUGUGAUUCAUAAAGCACCUUUAACAUCUGUGAAUUCAGAAGGUGAUGUGAUCUACAGCGCUGUGAAAAAAACCCCAAGGCUGUGAGUUCAUAACAAGAGGUGUUCUGCUCCUUCUGAAUUAUGAGAAAGUGAAAGUCAAUAAUUGUAAAUUAAUAAUAAAUCUAUUUUACAGUUUCAGUUUUA